CUUUUGUGGGACAAAUUAAAAAGGAAAGUGUGACAUCUACUAUGGGACGGAUGGAGUAUUAUGAUACAGAUUUUUUUUUAUUUCUUGGCAACAACUUCGAGAGUUUCAAGUUCUUCAAUCUUUGAGGAUAAUUUUUCUUGAAACACGCCCUAAAAAAUUGUUCUUCAAUCCAUUAAUACAGCCAGGAUUUUUUCGUUGAUGGGAAAUAACAAACUCGAAUAAAGUUCGUGAUAUUAUUUGUCAAAUUAAAAAGUUCACGGGAAAAAUUUAACUUUUUGAAAGUUCCAUGAUAUUAGUGUCCAAUAUCCCAUAAAAAUUCCAUGUUAUAUUUUCUAGUACUUUAAGGGAUAUUGGUCUCUAAAAUUAUAAACUUUGAUCGUAUUUUGUUAUUUUUCACGAAUUUUAAAAUCGGUCUAAAAUAUCAUAAGUUUUACAUAUUGUUUGUUAUUUUUCAUGGCAAGUCAAUCAUUAUAUCCAACUGGCUUAUGUGCAUUUCUUUAUCCUAUUUGGUACUACUAAAUUAACGUGGUUUUCUACUUGCUUUUUUACCUCGUUGACACAAACUUAAAAAGUGACCUAAAAUAUCAUAAACAGUUCACGAUUGUCCACGUAUAAUAAGUUUUUCUCUGAAGAUAUCUUACCUGAGUUGAGUUGAAAAGUAACAAACUGAAUACAAAGUUUAUGACUUUGUGAUAUUUUAGAUCAAUUUUACUGUUUGUGAGAAAUAUAAGAAUUCGGCAAAGUUUAUGGUUUUAAGGACCAAUAUCCAUAUAUUUAAUGAUCGUGAUUUUAUAAAUGUGGGAUUAUGUUUGUAAUAUGAUUUAAAGAUAGUGUAAUUAACCAUAGAUAACUAGGGAAUUACAAGAAACAUUGCCUUCCAUUUUGAUGAUGAAAAGGGAAACGUCAUAGGAAUGUCGAAAGAAUGGAAUAUACUAAACUUUGACACAACACAAUUAGCAUAAGAAUGCUUCUCCCCUUUAUCACAAAUAAAUCUUUUCAUAACUUCUACUGCCAUUGCUUUUCACCGCACGUAUUCUUCUCUUUAAUAUAUACUAUAAAUAUAUAAUUUUAUUCACAUUUACAUACAGUUCAUAAACGAAAUAUUUGUAUAUAUAUGGUUCUAUCAUGGUCCAAAUUAACCUUCACAAAUUCUAAUUGUGGAAACAGAAUUUAGAGACAUGCAACUCGUCAAAAAUCUUUUUUUCCCAUUACUUCUGAUUUCAGUUAUUUUCAUAUCAGUGCCGAAACCUUCAGAGGGCGCAAGAGUCUUCACCAUCGUCAACUACUGCCGCCAAACAAUCUGGCCGGCGGUAUUUCCCGGCGAAAAUUUCAACGGUGGCGGAUUCACCCUAAAAACCGGGGAGUCCCGCAUAUUCACCGCCCCGGUAAGCUGGUCCGGCCGCAUAUGGGGCCGCACCGGCUGCAAGUUCGACAGCAGCGGCAACGGAUCAUGCGAGACCGGCAGCUGCGGCACCAGCUUCAAGUGCGGUGCCUCCGGCAGCACGCCAGCGUCUCUGGCAGAGUUCACCCUGGCCUCACCGGACUUCUACGACGUCAGCCUGGUGGACGGGUUCAACCUGCCAAUGACGGUGACGCCAAUCAACGGGAGCGGCGGAAACUGCAGUGCCGCUGGGUGUGACGGGGACCUCCGGCCGAACUGCCCCAAGGAGCUGGCAGUGCGGGGAGGAGGGGGCCGCGUGGUGGGGUGCAGGAGCGCGUGCGACGUGUUUAGCACAGACGAGUACUGCUGCAAAGGGCUGUACGCGAAUCCGGUGACCUGCCAACCGACGUCGUAUUCGAAGAUCUUCAAGAAGGAGUGCCCCACCGCGUAUAGCUACGCUUACGACGAUCCCAGCAGCAUCUUCACCUGCUCCGCCUCCGAUUACGUCGUCUCCUUCUGCUCAUCCAGGAACCAUUCUGCUUGCUCAUACCAUAACAACAAAUUAGUGUGUGCAGCAGCAAGUGGAUUGAGGGCAAAUGGGAUUAAGUGGGUGAUGAUGGCUUUUACAUUGAUCAUCACAACUCUUUGGAAAACUUGUUGAAUUAUCCUCAACAUAUGUAUCUAAUGCAACUUUUGAAGGUGUUUUCUAGUUUGGUAUUGUUUUAAA